UAACCCAUUAUUAUAAUUUUCAAAUGGUUGAAUUUGGUUUUUAAUGCCAGUUCAACUGAAGCAAUGCAAGCGCUCACUCUGACGUCGAUUUUUGCACCCCAACAUGUCGUUUCAAAAAUUUUGGGUGUACUACCCUUCACAAUACAGGACGGUCGACCUGUGUUUUCCAAACUUGGUCUUUGUCACAGUUUUCUGUGCAUCAUUUUGUACGUUUUUGUGGCCCAAAGCUACUACCAGACAAUAUUUGAUGAUACGACCUCAGGUUUUAUUACAUUAAAAAUUUUGAAAUUUAUUACAAUCGCCCGCUAUGUUGGUUACACGGCCGUGAUGAUUAACACAUUCGUUGCUGUUGGUCUGACUUACAAAAAAUUUGUCGCUUUGUUGUCGAAAUUGUAUGGAAUUGAUCGAGGAUUGGGGAAGUUGGGUCUAGAGACAUUUGUUGUAGCAAGUGGUUACAGGAUUAAGAAAAAAAUGUUCUUGUUGGUGAUUUUGGAGUAUUUAAUUGGAAAUAUAGUGUCGAUUUUUUCAUCGCAAUUCAACGACAUUUCCGGUGCUUUUGUUUUACUUUACCCUCGAAUGAUUGGUUGUAACUUGAGUGUGACCUAUUUUGGUACCACUUUGUUACUGGAAGAGAGAUUCAAAUUGGUCAAUAAGUUCCUACUUGGGGAGUGUUUCAAGUCACGAAAUUGUACCAAAUAUCCAACCGAUCCAAAUUUUUGCGACAAAAUCAAAUUAUCGGUCAAUAUUCACAAAGAACUGACCAGAAUUUGUAGAGCUAUCAACUCGAUUUUUUCAGUUUUUUUUCUGCUUUGGGUCACUGUGAAUUUCUUGUGCUUGGUUUCAGAUCUGUACAUUGUUGCUUAUUUAAUCUCAAGCGGCCAGUUUUUUAAUUAUUGGCAAGGCGAGUUGAAAGCUUUUAAGAACGUUUGUAUUUAUUCGAUUGAGAUGUUUUAUAUUGCGAGAAGAUCGUCACGGCUUUGUUCUCAAGCAAACAGAACUAAAACUAUUUUGGUUGGGUUGAAAGUGGAUUUAAGCAAAGAGGAGGAACGAAAUACUAUUAUUACUUCGAGUCUUGAACUUCGACAGUUUACUCUUCAAAUAACGGCUUGUAGACUUUUUACGAUUGAUAAUGCGUUACUUUUUUCGAUCUGUGGAGCUGCCUUUUCAUACCUCUUCAUAAUGAUACAAAUGGACAAAGACUUGAAUAAGUCUCUCCGAAAUGUAACAAAUUCUAUUCUAUAGUUUGCGAAAUAAAUAAACAAUCUCAUGCAA